UACUACUUUUCUUUUUUUUUAUUUUCACAUUUGGAAUGCUAUAAAAUAUAUGUCGCUCAAACCUCGAAAGGUAAACUUUGAUGGAGUAUGGACUUGUAUACAGAAUACUCUAGAGGGAGUUAUGACAUUGAGUAAAGUCCCUAAAAAUGUGUGGAAUGAUAGAUUUUUAGAUAUUUAUACGAUAUGCACUGCAAUUCCAGACCCACUAUGUGAAGAACUUUAUCAAUCAACGAAAAUAUUUUUAGAGGUGCAUGUUAAAAAAAUAUAUCAAGAAAUAUUAAACCUAGAUGAUGACAUACUGUUGUUCAACUACCACAAACACUGGCUUGAUUAUAGCAAAGGAGCAACAUAUUUAAAUCAAUUAUAUGGAUACUUAAACGCUCAAUAUAUUCGGAAACAAAAGUACAAAGAAGCGGACGUCAAAUACGGGCGAUUAUUCGUAGAUCUCCACCCUGUUACCUUGCCCCGAACAGACGACAAUUCAGACCCGUUAUUACGUGAUACAAAUCCAGGCUUGCUAUUGGAAGUGGGAGAUCUGGCCCUAGUCACCUGGAGACAUCACGUCAUCGAACCGCUGGCCGGCACUUUAAGACGGUUGCUGAUGGCGGCCAUUUUACGUGACAGGCGGAAGGGGGACCAUUCUUAUACUAAUUUCGUGUACAACUCAAGCGAUGCUCUAAGAAGUGAGAGUGAUGACUCGAUCCCUUUACUACGUGAGAUCAUAUUUAGUUUCGUUGAAGUCGAACGCAACACCAAACACCUGAGGAAGCUAUACGAAAACGUUUUUGAAAUUGCUUACCUGGAGGAAACUGGCGAAUUCUACAAAAAUUAUUCAAAUUAUCUGCUCAAUGACGAAAAAUUGACGUGCUCGCAAUACAUGCAAAAAGUUGUUGCCAAACUAGCCGACGAAGUUAAAAGGAACAAAAAUUUGGUAGACCCAAAUACUCUCCCGAAAGCAGAGAGUGUUUGUCAAAAAAGGCUCGUGACUGAUGUUUUACCAUUUUUGCACGCUGAAUCCAAAGAGAUGAUACGCCAGGAGAUGAUCAAAGAUUUAAGUCUUAUGUUCUCUAUCUUGAAUCCGAUUGAGGGAAGCCUGGGGGCCUUGAUAGACACGCUCGGACAACACAUAACCGACGUUUGCAUGGCCAAGAUUAAUGAACUCGAAAACGAAAAUGAUCCCACUAUGUUCGUAGAAUCUAUACUAGCCAUUCACAGCAAAUAUAAAACCAUGAUUAAGAUCACAUUCGAUUCCGAUACCCGAUUCCUAGCCUCACUCGACAAAGCCUGUUCAAUCGCGAUUAACUACAAAUCUGAUUUCAAAAUCUAUUGUCGAGCCCCUGAACAAUUAAGCCGUUACUGUGAUAUACUACUUAAAAAGAAUCCAAAAAUUUUACCUGAAAGUGAAGUGGAAACCAAGCUAAACAACGUCGUAACUUUAUUCAGCUACCUGAAAGACAAGGAUACGUUUCAACAGUUUUACGCCAAUAUGUUAGCCAAACGCCUGAUAUUUGGUUCUUCACAAUCUUUAGACGCAGAGGAGAACAUGAUAAACAAAUUGAAGACAGCUUGCGGUUACGAUUUUACUAACAAACUAUACCGAAUGUUCACGGAUAUAAAGCUGAGCAAAGAUCACAACGAAGGUUUUCAAGGUUAUCUAAAGCGCCUUACCCUUUCAUUUCCACUACCCAACUUUUCCGUUUUCAUAUUGCAGGCCGGCGCCUGGCCUAUAAAUCAAGCUAAUUUACCUUCGUUUCAAGCCCCGAUUAUUUUAGAAAAUUGUCUAACCCAAUUCGAACUUUAUUAUUCGUCCAAUUUCAAUGGUCGAAAACUUAUGUGGCUGUUCCAUUUAUCCAUGGGCGAGCUCAAAAUAACAUAUCUGCCAAAACCAUAUUUCUUAUCACUCAACACAUUUCAAAUGGCUAUCCUUCUUCUAUUUAAUAACAACACAUCGAUGAGCCCUUGUAACACUGAUAAAGUUCUGAACAAUUGCAAUGCCAAUCUCGUUGCCAAUAAUGCAAAAUGUAAUCUUCAUUUGAGUUACGACCACAUUCAGAGAGAAACGGGGCUCGCCAACCAAGAACUUAAGCGCCAUUUAUACGCCCUUCUAGAUUUUUUCCUACUCAAUAUAUACAAAGUUAAUUUGGAGACAAACACUCUUAAUCUUCUAACAGUCAAACCCAUAUCUCAAGCCUUAACCGAUCCCAAAUACUUGGAGACCUUAUUUUGCGACAUGGAAACUUGUAAAUAUUCUCUCAACACAGAUUUUCAGAGUAAGAAAAGCAAGAUCAAGCUCAGCAUCCCUCCUCUCCCAGCGUCUCUUGCUGUUCUCACGAAUGCAUCUGGAAACAUAGACGAGGAGCUUCCAUCAACUUCAACUAGGGACAAUGAACAAACUCACAUGGCUGUGGAGGAAGAUCGGAAAUUGUACCUUCAAGCCGUUAUCGUUAGAAUUAUGAAAUCGCGAAAAGUAGCACAACAUAACCAAUUGGUUCAGGAGGUCAUCGAACAAUCAAAAUCUAGAUUUGUUCCCAGUGUUAAUGUCAUCAAAAAAUGCAUAGAAACACUCAUUGAAAAACAAUACGUGAAACGCAAAACUGAUUUCCCUGAAGAGUAUAGCUACAUAGCCUGACCAUAAAACAUACCUAAUUAUCAUUUUUUAAGAGAAUCAAAGUAUCUUCUUACAGAUUUUUCUGAACUAUGAUUUUCAAAAAACUGAAAUAUGAAUCAUUUUCUUGAAUUACCAUAACCUUUUUAAUUGGAAAUUUAAAAAAAACAGGUUAUUAAUCAAGUUACAAAUAGUCAAUCUUUAGCCUGUCAUGUUAUAGAAUAAAAGAUUAUCCUAUCAUUAAUUUAGCGUGACUUUAUUGGUUAUCCAGUUAAUACAGUUUUAUCUAUAAUUUUUAUUGACAAAACUUAUAUUUUAUGAAUAUAAAAUUUUUGUUUUUGAUAUUAUUUCAAAUUUUCAUAAUUUAACCAUAAAGUUUUUUUAAAAAAAGGUUCGUAAAGUUAGUCAAGAAGAUAGAAAUUUUAUAUGAUAAUAUAUUUAUAGGACAAAAUUUCGAAAUAUUUAUAUAUAAACAAUAAUCCUUUAUUUUGACCUGCAAUAAUUCAAUU